AGAGCAAGGGAGCCGCGGAGUUGAAAAUAGGGAGAGCACCGACUCCCAAACCAAUUUCUAUGUGCCGCGCUUUCUCUAUUUCUUUCCUUCCGCCAUCCACCAAAUCCCAUCUCAUCUCUGCUACUUCACUCUCACUUUCUCUCUCCUCUGCUUUUAAUCUCUCUCCAAAACUCUGCCAUGAGAUUAGGAAGAAACAAUCACAAACAUUCAUCUUCUUCGUUAAAAUUCGUGAUCAUAGUAUCAUUGCUUGCUUUGGCAGGUGCAGCUUUGAUUUGCGAUCUUUUAUGGGCUUCUUCUUCAUCUUCUACUUUUUCCGCUCUUCGUUACGUCGCUGAUAAUUGGCCUCUUCAACAAUCUACUCUUAAUCUCCCCAAUCUUAACCAUACUUCUCAUCUCAAGGAGAAGGGUAAAGAUGAGAAAAAGAAAGGCACUCCUGGAAGAUUUCUAUCAGCUACCUUUGCGGACUUGCCAGGACCUGAGCUACAAUGGGAGCAGAUGCCAACAGCUCCUGUGCCACGUCUAGACGGGGCUGCAAUACAAAUUAAGAAUCUUUUGUACGUCUUUGCUGGAUAUGCCAAUAUUAAUGCUGUGCAUUCCCAUGUUGACAUCUACAAUUUUACGGACAAUACUUGGGGAGAAAGUUUUCCUAUGCCUAAGGAGAUGGCCCAUUCUCAUUUAGGAAUGGUAACAGAUGGGAGAUAUAUAUAUGUAGUCACUGGACAAUAUGGUCCGCAAUGCAGAGGGCCAACAGCUCGUAAUUUUGUGUUGGAUACUAAAACGAAGCAAUGGGAAGACCUCGUUUCUUUGCCCGUUCCUAGGUACGCACCAGCUACUCAACUUUGGAGAGGAAGGCUGCAUGUCAUGGGAGGCAGUGGGUUAAACCGGCACACACCUGAAUUAGACCACUGGAGUCUGGCAGUGAAGGAUGGGAAAGCAUUAGAGAAGGAGUGGCGAUCUGAAGUACCUAUUCCUCGUGGUGGACCUCACAGGGCCUGUGUUGUGGUUGAUGACAAAUUAAUGGUUAUUGGCGGUCAAGAGGGUGAUUUCAUGGCCAAACCUGGGUCACCCAUUUUUAAGUGCUCUCGUAGGCAUGAGGUGGUAUAUGCUGAUGUUCUUAUGCUGGAUGAUGAGAUGAAGUGGAAGCAUUUGCCUCCCAUGCCAAAGCCAGAUUCUCACAUAGAGUUUGCCUGGACUAUAGUUAAUCAUUCAAUUGUCAUUGCGGGAGGCACAACUGACAAACAUCCUAUCACAAAAAAGAUGAUCCUGAAUGGAGAGGUUUUCCGAUUUGAUCUAGACACAAUGAAAUGGUCAGUGAUAGGGAAACUUCCCUACCGUGUCAAAACAACUCUAGUUGGAUUUUGGGAUGGUUGGUUCUAUUUUACUUCUGGUCAGCGAGAUAAAGGACCUGAUGAUCCAGCCCCCAGAAAGGUCAUUGGGGAAGUAUGGAGAACUAAGUUAAGCUUCUAGUCAAAAUUUUGAAUGUUAAAAUUUAGGUAGGUCAUAUUCUUCUUGUAUUAAUCACUGUUAGAUGUUCUGUACACGGAGGCUGUGGAGCAUUAUUGGGCCAUUUCUGCAAUACAAUGUGAAGAUGGAGAGGCGGGAAGAUGUAUACAAAGAUGAAAAAUCAAUUUGUUCAAUUGGUUUAUGUAAAUUGUAAACAUAUAGGAAACAAUGAAAGAUGCCUAGCCCUUAUUGUUCAAGGGUUCAUGUUCUGAUAAAACUCUGGAAGUUUGCUGUA